AACGCAUUUAAGCUCGAAACCAACCAUGUGUUUCAGAAAGACAGAAAUAAUAAGUGUGCUCCUGAUUCUGGGCAGUGGUUCUUUCAUCAUCCCGAAUAUGAGGCCUUUCGGGCUGCCAAGGGGCUACAGCUUCUGUUCGUGACUGCUGAAGCAGGUGGAGGUAAAUCCACCGUAAUGAGGACUUUGGUAGACAAGCUGCAACAUUGCGACGGCCAGCCAGUGGUUGGGUACUUUUUCUUCAAGGAUGACGAUGACCAGCUUCGAAGCUACGAAGACGCCCUGAGUUCAAUAAUAUACCAGGUAUUUGUCCAAGAGCGCAGCCUAAUCAAGCACGCAAGGGACUUGUACAAACAAUACGGUCAUGGAAUACGAUAUCAGACCGAGAAACUGUGGCCUAUUCUCCAGGCGGCCGCCACUGAUACACACCGGGAGUUGAUUUGCAUACUGGACGCAGUAGAUGAGUGUGCACCUGCGGGUAGACGACAGCUCGUGUCUGAUCUGGCCGAUGCGUUCAAAUCAGGAGUAGAAAGUUCGAGUACAAAGCUGAAAUUCGUAGUAACCUCUCGGCCCUACCAGGAUGAGAACCACCCAUACACAGACCUGAUCACAUCCAAAACGAUCCGGCAUCUGGCAGGCGAAUAUGCCAGAGUUCAGUCUGACGUCCAGUCGAUUAUACGUUUCAAAGCGGAAGAGCUGGCCAAGAAGCACCGACUGGCACAAAACACGUUGGAAAUCCUCGUCGAAGCGAUCUCAAAUCAGAACUUGCAGACGAGGUCUUUCAUGGCCGUUCGGAUGACUUUUGAGCUCCUGGACUCGCACGAGUUGAUGCAGGAGAGCGCGGAAAAGGACAUGAUCCAUGCGAUACUUGCAGAUAUACCGCAGACUCUGGGCGACCAGUUUGAUAAGAUGCUGGACAGAAGUCGCAAUAGAGAGCAUGCUCGUCGAUUGUUCUGCGUCAUUCUGGCCUCUCGGAAGACGCUCAAGAUAUCGGAGCUCAAGGUUUUGUAUGUAUUAACACAGCCACGAGACCCUGCCACUAAGGCCCCGCAAUCCUACGAAGAUUUACAGCUGCCGGCGGAUGACGAGGAGUUCAAACGCCUUGUUCGAGCACAGUGUGGUUUAUUCAUCACAUUCGUGAAGAACUCCGUCCAUUUGUUUCAUCAGACAGCGCGAGAGCACCUCAUGGCAAGUCUGGAUAAUACAAACACAGUCGUCCCGAUGAACGAAAUCAUGUCAACGACGUCUAGUUCAAUUGCGGGUCGAGAGAAAGGUCGGCAGCGCACUUGGAGAGGCUGCAUAACCAAAGCAGGUGCAAACCUCGUCAUGCUAAUUGCAUGCACGGAUCUACUCAACUUCAAUAUCUCAAGAUCGUGGGUUCUU